AUGCAUUGCCUUUCUGACAAUAACUUCUCAUCAAACAUCUCAGUUCUGAAUGUUCUUUUAUCUCCCAUCAACUCUUCUUAUUUACCCAUCGUGGAAUCUUCAAUCCAAAAUCUUAGAUUCUCUGUAUCAAGCACAAAAGCAAAACCUUUGGCAAUAAUCACUCCUCUAGAAUACUCUCACGUUCAAGCAACAGUCAUAUGUUGCAAACGAGAUGGAAUACAAAUGAGGAUUCGAAGAGGCGGCCAUGAUUUCGAGGGCACAUCCUAUAAGUCUGAAGUUCCAUUCAUCAUACUUGAUCUGAGAAAUCCUAGGUCAAUUAGCGUUGAUAUUGAAGGAAAUAGUGCUUGGGUUGAGUCUGGUGCAACAAUCGGCGACUUGCAGUAUUCCAUUGCUGAGAAAAGUUGUACUCAUGCCUUUCCUACUGGGAACUACCCAGGCGUUGGUGUUGGUGGACACUUCAGUGGUGGUGGAGUAGGUAACCUGAUCAGAAUGUAUGGACUAGCUGCUGAUAAUGUCAUUGAUGCAAUCAUGGUUGAUGUAAGUGGUCUAAUUCUUGACUGGGAAUCGAUGGGAACCAUGGUUCGAAGUCUCGGCCGAGACCGAGACGACUCGGUCGAGUCGUCACCGUCUCGGCCCUUACCGAUACGAUACCGUGACGAAACGAUACCGAAAUACUUGACUCGCCGAAAAAUCGGCCGAGUCGUCGCCGUGACGGAUUGA